AUGAGUGAAAUAUUAUAGAAUGAAGAUGAAAUUUAAUUAGAUUAAGAGAAUAUAAGAGGAUAUUUGGAUGAUGAAAUUAUGGGUUAGAUAGUUUAAGAAUAUUAAAGUUAAGGACUUACAAAUUAAACAAUGACACAAUAUACUUAAUUAGUAUCUAAAGGUUGCUAAUUGGUAAAUUUAAAUAACUUAUUUUUCAGUUGCAUCCUUUAUUACCCAAAUUACCAGAUUAGAAAGGAGUUAAAUUUAUAAGUUAAUAAGAAUUAUUGAAUUUGGAUAAAACUUUAUUAGGAAAACUUGAGAGUGAUUAAAGAUUUUAAACAUAUAGAGAGAAGAUAAUACAUAAUUAUUCAUAAUCAUAUGUUCGAAAAUUUAAUAUAACAGAUAAGAGUUAAUCAAUUUUGAAUGAUAGUUGUUGUUUAAAGGAUUAAAUAGCAUUUUAAUUGGAUCACAAUAAGAGUUAAUUAAAAUAUUAAGAAGAGUAGUAGAAAUAAAAUAUAAUGAGAACAACAUUUGCUAGAUCUAGAUCUUAUAAUUAUAAUAAAUUACCUAAAAUAAAGACAUAUCCUGCAAAGAUAGAUGAGGAAGGUUAAAUAAUGCCAGCAAUAAAAGCAAAAGUUAUACAAGUUCAGUAACCUGAAGAAGAAUAAAUGAUACCUACUCAUUAUUUGGGAUGGAUAGAUUAAUUUUACGGGAAAUGGAGACCUUAAAUGAGAGAAGGAGCAUCAUUAAAUAAUGUAUCUGGAAAAUUAUAUUUAUUUGGUGGAAUAAGCAGUAAGCCAUUUAAUGAUAUGGUAAUUUGGGAAAAUAAGGAAUGGUAUCAACCUUAAGUAAUAGGAGAGAAAGCCCCUUUUGGUAGAACUAAUCAUAUUCAUUGUGUAUAUAGAAGAAAUAUCUAUAUAUUUGGUGGUGAAAAACCAUAUGAUGGUUAAUAAAAGAUUAGAGAAAGUACUAAUGAUUUUAGAGUAUUUAAUACAGGUAAUUUGUUAAAGAUUUAAAUUAGAAAAUAAUGAAUUCAAAGUUUUAAGGUUUGGAGGAGAAGUAAUUGAAGGUAGAAGAGGAGCAUCAGGAGCUAUAGUAGGAAAACAUAUUAUGAUUCAUGCAGGAAUUAAUACUAAAGGAAAGUAUUUAAAUGAUUUAUAUCACUAUGAUAUUUUGAAUAAUAAGAUGAUUUUGAGUUAAGUCGAACCUAAUGAUUUUUUUAUUAAUGGAAUUGCCUUUCAUACACUUAUCUCAGUUUUUAGUACUUCCAGAAAUAUCUAGAUUUAUAAAAAUUAUAUGGAUCCUGAAGAAAUGAAAGAAAUCAAAUAUAAAGUUGAAGGUGUUUACUUAUUUGGAGGAGAAUCUAAAACUGGAACCUUAUACUCAGGUUUAUAUAUGCUCAAUCCGUGUUGUCGUCCUAUGUAAUGGUCUUUAGUUAAUGGAAAAGGGAAAUUACCAAGUAAAUUAAUAGAAAAUAAAUCUAAGUUAGUAGAUACAAACAUUCUGCUUCCUAUUGUGAAAGAUAGGGAAUCAUUAUCAUCUAUGGAGGUAUUUGUGAAACAUCUUCUUUCUUAAAUGAUUGUCAUAUCUUCAAAGUAGAAACAUAAUCUUGGAGUAUUGUAGAAUUAGAUUGUAAAGAACCAAGAGCUGGUCAUUGUGCUAUUGUUGAAGAUCAUAAACUUAUGAUAUUUGGAGGAUAUAAUCAAACUGGAUUUCUUAGUGCUGAAUUUUAGAUUCUAGAAUUAGAUUCUAUGAUUGCUUAUAGAAAUAGAAGAUAAGCUAACAUUUCUAAUCAUAUUACAACUAAUCCUUUAUAAUUAUCUGCUAUUAAUUAAAAUAUCAAAACUAAAUAAUAAUAUUACACUGAUAGAAUGUCCAAAAUUAAAGAAUAAAUUGCCAGUCUUUCUUAUAAUAUUAAAUCUUUUAUACCUAAACCUAUCAUGAAAUAAAUUUCAACCAAAAAUCUAAAUAAAGAAUAAAUACUCUUUUCUUAAAGAUUAACUCAAGAAACAUCUGAUUUAAUCAAAGAUUUUGAUUAUGUUGAGGAAAUCAGAGAUGAAAUGAAGACCUCAACUAAAUUAGAUGCCUCUCCGCAUUCAAAUAAAAAAUUUACUGAUAGACGUUCUAUUUCUAUUAAGAAUUUAUAACCAUUUUCCCAUUGA